AUGAACGCAGCUGAGGGCGCCGCCAAGCCAGCUCCCCCCAAAUUCAAGCAGAAGGAGGGCAGGUCCUUCAAGAGCAAGGCCCCCAAGCCUGGCCAGAAGGGAUUUGACAACGAUGUCCCCGGGAUGGAAGGUCUUGGAGACUCAGCCCUUGUCUGCCCAUGGGAGGCGUUUGGAGAUGCGGACCUGAGUGAACUGGCGCAGUUUGGACUCGUAUAG